UUGCAAGUAAUGGAAAAGGGAAACACGAGUUCUUUUGAAGGCUUCAUCCUGGUGGGCUUCUCUGACCGUCCUCACUUAGAGCUCAUCCUCUUCGUGGUAGUUCUCUCCUUUUAUCUGCUCACUCUUCUUGGCAACAUGACCAUCAUCUUGCUUUCGGCUCUGGAUUCCCGGUUGCACACACCCAUGUAUUUCUUUCUGGCCAACCUCUCAUUCCUGGAUAUGUGUUUCACUACGGGCUCCAUCCCACAGAUGCUCUAUAACCUCUGGGGUCCAGACAAGACCAUCAGCUACGUGGGUUGUGCCAUCCAGCUGUAUUUUGUCUUAGCAUUGGGAGGGGUGGAGUGUGUCCUCCUGGCUGUCAUGGCAUAUGACCGGUACGCUGCUGUCUGCAAGCCCCUGCACUACACAGUCAUCAUGCACCCUCGUCUCUGUGGGCAGUUGGCUUCAGUGGCAUGGUUGAGUGGCUUUGGCAAUUCUCUCAUUACUGCACCGCAGACAUUGAUGUUGCCCCGCUGUGGACACAGACGGGUGGACCACUUUCUCUGUGAAAUGCCAGCCCUGAUUGGCAUGGCCUGUGUGAACACUAUGGUCUUGGAGGCACUAGUUUUUGUGUUGGCCAUUUUUAUCGUAUUGGCACCUCUUAUCCUCAUCCUUAUCUCCUAUGGUUACAUUGCCCGAGCAGUGCUGAGGAUCAAGUCAGCUGCUGGGAGAAAGAAAGCCUUCAACACCUGCAGCUCCCACUUAAUUGUUGUCUCUCUCUUCUACGGUACCAUCAUAUACAUGUACCUCCAGCCACCAAACAGUUACUCCCAGGACCAGGGCAAGUUUCUCACUCUUUUCUACACCAUAGUCACUCCUAGUGUUAACCCCCUGAUCUAUACUCUGAGAAACAAAGAUAUCAAAGAGGCCAUAAAGAAAGUGUUAGGGAAGGGGAGCAUAGAAGUCUAG